UUCACCACAGUUCGAAUAGGUUGACAGCCUCUGCGAAUCGCAGGCGACGCACGAUGGCGGCGGCUCAACUCCUCUCCCGCCCUCCGCUUUCCCCCCAAAUCCCUCGAAAUCCCGAUAUCUCCUCCUUCCUCUCCCCCAAUCCCUCUCUCCGAUUCCGAAGCAUCGUCCGUUCGACAACUCUAUCUUUGAGGGCGAUCGCCUCCCGAGUUCCCCGCGCCGCCGCCGCCGCCUCCUCCUCUUCUGCUGCCGCUGCCGCUGCCGCCUUCCCGGAGGCGGCAACCGACUUCUUGCAUUGCUUCUCCAAGGGCGAGGAUGGGUUCCUUUACUGCGAGGGCGUCCGCGUCCGGGAUGUCAUGGAGGCGGUGGAGUGGAGCCCCUUUUACCUCUAUAGUAAGGAUCAGAUUACGAGGAACUUCGAGGCGUACAAGGAGGCCCUCCAGGGCUUGAGGUCCGUCGUCGGGUACGCCAUCAAGGCUAAUAACAAUCUCAAGAUCUUGGAGCACCUCAAAGACUUGGGUUGUGGCGCUGUGCUCGUCAGCGGCAACGAGCUCAGGCUCGCCUUGCGAGCCGGAUUUGAUCCUGCCAGGUGUAUAUUCAAUGGAAAUGGGAAGCUGUUGGAUGAUCUUGUUUUAGCUGCUGAAAAAGGAGUUUUUGUGAACGUGGACAGUGAGUUUGAUUUGGAAAACAUUGUGACUGCAGCAAGAGUUGUGGGAAAGAGAGUGCCUGUUCUACUCAGGAUUAAUCCAGAUGUAGAUCCACAGGUGCAUCCUUAUGUUGCCACUGGAAAUAAGACAUCCAAAUUUGGUAUCCGAAAUGAAAAACUUCAGUGGUUUCUUGAUGCUGUCAAGACAUAUUCAAGUGAAAUCAAUCUUGUAGGAGUCCAUUGUCAUCUCGGGUCGACUAUCACAAAGGUGGAUAUAUUCAGAGAUGCUGCAAUUCUGAUGGUAAAUUUCAUUGACCAAAUUCGGGCACAAGGUUUCCAGGUGGAGUAUUUGAAUAUUGGAGGUGGUCUAGGAAUUGAUUACCAUCAUACAGGCGCAGUUCUUCCAACACCGAUGGAUCUCAUAAACACUGUGAGAGAAUUGGUUCUUUCUCGAGAUCUUACUCUCAUCAUUGAACCUGGGAGAUCGCUUAUUGCCAAUACUUGCUGCUUAGUUAAUAGGGUGACUGGUGUUAAAACUAAUGGCACAAAAAAAUUUAUAGUGAUUGACGGCAGCAUGGCAGAGCUCAUCCGGCCCAGUCUCUAUGGAGCAUAUCAGCACAUAGAACUGGUUUCUCCUCCUCUUGCCGACACUAAAGUUUCGACCUAUGAUGUCGUGGGGCCUGUAUGUGAAUCUGCAGACUUUCUUGGGAAGGACAGAGAGCUUCCAACACCAGCUAAGGGAGCUGGUUUAGUUGUCCACGAUGCUGGUGCGUACUGCAUGAGCAUGGCCUCAACAUAUAACCUCAAAAUGCGACCACCAGAAUAUUGGGUGGACAAAGGUUCUGUAGUGAAAAUUAGGCAUGGGGAGACACUCGAAGAUUUCGUGAAGUUGUUUGAUGGGCUUUAGUCUUCAAACAAAGCUUUGCUUGCAAAUGCACUAUUAUCUUGUUUGUGUACUUCAUUUACUUCCACUUAAUUGGAAUUAAAUGUAUCACGUCGAAUUUUAAUUUAUUGGAUGCCCUCGACAGUGACAUCCGAGAAAUGCAUCUGUUACACCUCACUCACUGAUUCAAAGAAGAGAUAUUUUGUCGAGUGAUCA